AUGGCAUGUGCCAUUGACAAGACAGAAGCUCCGUCUCAGCCCAGCCAAGUGAAAUUGUUUGUGACAUCUUUCAGUGAUGAUUUCUACGCAGAAAGGGACAUGUUGAGGAAAGAGGUGUUGCCUGUUCUACGAUCAUGGUGUGAUAGCAAGAAGCUGACUAUUGUCGUCAAUUUCAUUAAAUGGGGAGGUCGGCAUCCUGAUCAGAGGAACGUAGCUGAGCUGGAGCGACUUCAGACCAACAUUGAGAAUUGCUACUUUUCUAGCAUUGUUCCUGUUUUUAUCAAUAUAACAAGCUCCUCUUUAGGUUGGGUGCCCUUGUGGGGAGAGUAUCCAGAAGAGGUUGUCGAGGACUAUCAGGAAGCUUAUGGGCUACUCUACGAAGACUUGGAGUUGUUAUCCUCAGCCUACAGAGAGGAUAAUUUGAAUUCAUUGUUCUUAAUAAGGGAUGACUCAUUCCAGACCAUUCUGUCAGAAGAGCAGAGGUCAUGUUUUGCAAGGAGUAGCUCAGCGUCAUUGAAAAUCUGUGGAGACAGUGAUAAAAUCUCCAACAAAUUUCCUACCCAUCGUGUGAUCAGCUAUACUGUGGAUUUUCUGGGUGUUGAUUAUAAACAGAAACCCAUCCUAAAGUUUCCUGAUGACCUUAAGAAAAAGAUCAUAGACUUCGUGGAACAUAGAAUAGCCUGUGAUUAUUGUGGUGAGGAGCGGCCACUUGCCAACCAUCCAGACGACAUUGCCAAAGCUGCCCAUCUUGAUUUCUUGCUGUCCAAAGGGAGCUGUGUCUUUGGCCGAGAUAGUAUUGUUGCAAAGAUUGAAAAUUAUAUUAUGAGAGAAGAACGAGACGUGCCCCUUAUAAUCCUUGGGGCAUCAGGAUGUGGUAAAACUUCUGUGAUGUGUUUAGCUGCAAAGACUAUUUUAAACAAGGCAGAAAGCGGUGAACUUCAAGCCUUUGGUGAUAAGGCGGGCAAAUGGAGAGUGUUUUACCACUUUGUGGGUGCCGUCCCAGGAUCCACAUCUCUUGAACACAUGCUGAAACGACUGCUGAGGGAAACAGGCAUGACCAAAAAGAACUCUAACUGUGCCAAAGAUUUGGACUCUGCUGCCCAGAUGUGCUGCAGCAUGUUGUCAAACUUGAACACCGAUCCGCUGAUUAUAUUCUUGGAUGCAGCUGAUCAGUUUUCCAAAGAACAUGGUGCAAGAAUCAUAAGCUGGGUGCCUAGAAAACUGGCUCCCCAGGUGCGGCUCAUUAUGGCCAUGGUCACCGAUACAGAAGUGCACAAAGCAUUGCAGAGUAGGGAAACUAAACCUCUAGAGAUCACGGUCAUGUCUCUAGAUAAUUCUUCCAAACAGGGUAUUAUUGAAGAGAUUCUUCACAAGAACGGCAACAGCAAGCAGCUGUCCAGCCAGCAGAUGAAACGCCUUAUGAACAAGCCUUCCUCAGAGAACCCCUUGUGGCUGACACUGGCUUGUCAGGAGUUGAAGCUGGUCGAAGGUGAACAGAAGGUUACACUGAAGAUUGACAAGUUGCCUGACAGUUUAUUAAUGUUAUUUGAUGAAUUACUCCAUCGCCUGGAGACCGGACCAGAGGGGGAUCUGUUGGUGGGCACACUGUGUUUAUUGGAGACGUCUGCUGCAGGGCUCAAUGAAAUGGAACUGAGGCAGCUGCUGGCUGAUGAUACCUCCAUUAAACCUCCAUCACCAUUUGAAGAGAAAGAGGAAACAGAGGGUAGAGAAAAGGAUAAAAACAAAGAAAAAGAACUUCUCAGUCAAGACAGAUGGCAGCUGGUUUACCAAACACUUCAGCCAUUCCUUCGACCCUAUGGAGAUAGUAAAGAAGGGAGGUUGGACUUUUACCAUAGGGCUCUCAGCAAAGCUGUCAGGAAGAGAUAUUUGACUGUUAACUUUGAUGGUGACCAGGUAGAUGAUGAUGAAGAUGCUGAUGAUGAUUUAUCAGAAAAGUCAGAAAAAUCCAGCACCUACUUCUUCUGGCACACAAAACUGGCAGAGUUUUUCCACUACCACAGUGACGUGGCCAAAAUGGUAGAGGAAUAUCCUUACCAUCUGGCGUGUCUGGAUGACAAGUUUCACCUGGCUGAGUGUCUUUGUGAUUGGAGAAUAUUUGACCGAUUGUACCAUGAGGAAUACAGCUCACAGUUAAUGGCGUACUGGAGGACGGUUGGUCCAAUCUCAGAAAUGAUUUCCAGCUAUGAGGCAGCACUGAAGAAAUUUGAGGAAGCCGACACAGCCAAUGAGGCUGCCGUUUCUCUCAGAUAUGAGAAAGUGUGCAGAGUGACCAUCCAGGCAGGAAAGCACCAAGAAGCCCUGGAGUUGCUAAAAACUGCCAUGAAGAUUGAGGAGAAAGAACUUGGAGCACGGCCUCACAGAAUGGUUGAACUGUAUGCCCUGAUGUCUGAAAUUUACGAUGAGAAACUGAAGCUGAAUGACUUUGUCUCAAGAAGCCAGUUGCCAGAUUUAAGGAAAACUAUCCACUAUGCCAAAAAAUCCAUCCAUAUCAGGAAGACAUUGCCAGGUCCUUAUCACAAGUUUAAGCUGGGCAUGUCCCUCAUGAGGCUGGCUUUCAACAUGAAGAGCUGGGAUGCGUGUGGAGGUGGUACAGAGUUGUCUGGCCCUGAUGCAGUCACAGAGGGCAACAAAUACAUUGACCGGGCACUGAAGAUAUUCAUGGAGUUGAGUGAUAUGGGUCACUAUGCCGAAGCUUUAAUGACUAAAGGCGUCCUGGCCCCAAGGGGAAGUAUGGAGCAGUUGAAGCUGUAUAACCAAGCCAUGGAACUGUGUAUGCAGAUGUAUGGAGAACUCCAUAUUCUGACAUCUCGACUCUACAUCAACAUUGGCAUUGUGUAUGAAGAUAACAAAGAUUAUAAAAGAUCUUAUCAGUAUUUCAAGAAAUGGGCCCGUCUCAGUGAGGAAAUUAUGGGUCCUGACCACCCAAAAACACUUCGAGCCAAAGGUGUGCUGCGAGAGUCUCGCUACCGCCGCAUUGCCAUGGAGCUCGGCGAAUGGGUAGAAGACGAUGAACAGUUACAGGAGACUGAAGAAGAAGAAGAAAGAUCUGAAUCCUGUGAAAUGGAACACAGCUACGAUGACACUGUCAAUAACAUUCUGAUAGUCAGUCAGGAUGACACUUCCCUGGAAGCAGCUUUGGCCGGCACCCAGGCCGCUGGUGACAGCCUAUUCAGCAUAUCUGCGGCACAGCCAUCACUGGGUGCUUCACCUCCUCUUUUUAACAUUGUGCCACUUUUACCAAACUCUUACUUGGAAUCAGUCAGCUGCAGCAGUUCAGCUUCCAGUAUCUCUGAUCGACAUCGUAUUUCGGGAGAUUCUUGGCCACAGCAUGCUCGUCCAAGAGACACAUCCAGCUACCUGAGAUCACGUCUGGAGAGGUGUAAUGCAAUCCGGCGUUCGACCCCUACAGCGGAUAGAUCCAAUUUGUUGCAGCAGCUUGAGGGAUUGAGGCAACUAGACAGUCCCUAUGCAGUCAGCUCCACACUUUCUUACCUUGGUGGAUCUGACAGUAAUCAAAGAUCAACUGCUGAAAGCAGGAGUAGUGACUUAGUCUUCAGAUUUGACAACUUGUUGCGGGAGUUAACUUUCAACACACGAAGUGGCUCACACUCAGGGGUUCCCAACAUAGUUGAAGCCUUGCAUCAAGGCACGCGAUCUCAGGACGAUCAUCCCAGCUCGGCGACGCCCGUGUUUGACAAAAGUCUUGGUUGUGUUGGUCAUCAUUUCACUCCUACGGUAUCUGGAGUUUCUUCAGACAGUGUUAUCAGUGCUGCUAGGAGCAUGGGAACCACUCAAUGGGAGUCAGGCUUUCCACAUGCUGCAGAUAUAGAAUCUGCUGUUCGAGAACAUGAUUCCUUUAACAGAUUUGUAUCUCGGGGAAAUCCUUCUGCGGGUGGUGACCAAAGUGAAAACCGACUGGGUUUGACCCCAAAUAGCUCAGGUGACAGCAUCGGCCAGGUGUUUGCUAAUGGUUAUGUCCCAAGUGAUGAUGAGCGUGAAACUGAAGGAGACUCCGACCAUGAAGGACAUUCUGACAGUGAGAACUUUUAUGAUGAUAAUUUUGAAGAUUACGACGAACACUAUAUUAUCUCAGGGGAAGGCAACGUUGUUGCAGAUGAUUUUGCAGGGAAUGAAGAAGCGGAGCAGGAGAUUGUGGAGGUGGGCUCUGGUGAAGAAUUUGACAACAGGUUCGCAUCCGUGGAUUCUGGAAAUUCUAGGUUCAUUGACAGCAGUGUAGUUGACAACAGGUUCGCCAGUGAUGACGAAGGUGCCACUGGUGGGGAGGGUUCCAGUAGAAAUGUAUACUUGGGUACUACUGAUAACAGCAGUAGAAUAAGGCACCUGGACAAUAGGGACACUCUUGACACGUAA